ACGAAAAUGAUCGAAAACUUCGAAUCAAAGAUAACCUUCGAAAUACCGACGAAUCUCGACUUUGACAAGCUGAUCCGGGGCAACAACUACACGCUGUUCUGGCAGAACCUUCACCAGCAGCAGCAGAACGCCGCCAGCGGAGCAGCGGCACGGCUAGCGGCAACCGGCAGUGGUGCCACGUACGGCGGUAUGGCCGAUGCCGGCGGUUUCGGUGGGUUCGGCUCGUCCGGGUCCAGCCUGUUCGGGGGCAUUGACUACAGCAACGGUAGCAGCGACUACGGGCUGCUCAACAGUCUGCAGUCGUUCGCUAACCGGGGCCGCGAUGGGCUCGGUGGCGUCGGCACGGAACAGAUGCUCGACCCAACGUACGAGCGGUUUAUCGGCGAUGUGUGGGUUGGCAUCGUGCUGACGCUCAUGAUCCUGUCGUCGAUCUUCUGCAUGUGUUCCUGCUUUCUGUAUCACAAAUUUCGCCAGUGGCAACGAAACGUUUUGACCGCCCGCUCACAAACGCUAUCCUCUAUGGACAUUGAAACGCCACCACCGUACGAUGCCGAGUCGCUGCCCAGCUACACGAUCGUGUCCGGCCUUCCCAGCUAUCAGGAUGCAAUCGAGCAGCUAAAGCAAAAGCAAAUGAAAUACUACGAACCAGUCAAAGUACAUCGACCGACGGUGAUGAAGCUGUUCGAAUCGCAAGACCUCCUCGGCACAGCUACAUCCGGCCCAAAUCCAGCCAAACUCGAAGAGAUCCGGUACAACUUCGUACGUCCCCUGUCCGUGCAGGAGCAGGCUAGCCUGCCCGAACCAACCACCAGCACCGGCCGUCAGGGUGGAACAUCCGAACAACCGAUGCCACCACCACCGCCAUACAAGAGUCAAAUUUCCACCAUUUCUACCACCUCGUCCACGCACGGUGUUAGCAGUAUGGUGGUGGAGUUGCCGGCGCAACACGGCAUCCCCAUCACCACGAUACGGCUGCCGCAGAAGAAGCUGGCGGACGUGUGCCAUUACACGCUAGAGCACGAACGAAUGGCGGGAGGGCGUAGUUGAAGAAGCGAUGAUCGGCGACGGUUAGCCACCAUGAUAUAACUACACGCCAGCAUAAUAGA